UGUAAAUAAGCGGGUUCUUUGAUUUGGAUAUUCUCUUCUCACAUGGCAUGUAGUUUGAUUUUUACUGAUGCUCUCUGAUAAUUUGACUCUGAGAUAUGCAGCUGUCAUAAUAAAGUGAACUUAUUUCCUCACAAUGGAUAUACCAAUGUCUAUUGUCAUUGAAAAGACUCCGUUCGGAUUGGGGUUUACAUUAAAAGACGAAGGUAAACCUUACGAGUCCACUGCCCUAGUGACUAAAGUUGCUCGAGGCAGUUCGGCAGAGGCAUCUGGUUUAAGAAUAGGUGAUCGGAUUGUUGCCAUUAAUCAGAAACCUGUAAAAUCUAUGACAUUCUUAGAAGUUUCCAAUUUCCUCCGAAGUGGCAGCGAUCGAAAUAUUCAACUUACAUUACUGCAUAAAUCUCUUGUUCCUAACCAACCAAUUACUGAUACAAUUUGUGAAUUAUCACCGCUUAAAAUAUUGACUUCAUCUAAUAUCUCUAAUGGUAUUCAAAAUAUGUCUUUGAAAGAUUCCAAUUCUGCAUUUUUAUACACUACUAAUACUAGUAAUACUUCUACUAUUACUACUGAUGUUCAUAAAGAUGAAAUGAAGAUUUCACCUGACUGUACUUCGUCAGUUGUUUCUCAGUUGAAUAAACCGACACCGAAACCUCGAACUACUAUUACUGCUACUGCUACUGCUAACACUGGUAAUAAUAAUAAUUGUGAAAAGCUGUAUAAUAGUCAAGAAAUGAAAAAUUUGGACAAGUUAUCUAACAAUUUAUUACAUCCAGUUUUAUCACAACUUCAAGAAUCCGAAUUUGACAAUUCAUCAACAAGUCAUUUACUCUCAGAUGACUUCCUAUCAUCCAAUGAAGCUCGUAAAGAAAACUCUUGCCCACCUGAUUCAAUUCAGUUGAUGGAUAAUUCUCCAACAGGAACUGAUAAAACACUGACUAAGUUCAAACCCAUCGAUCAUAAUUUGAACACAUUUGUAUCAUCUAAAAAGUCUGGAUUUGAUUCUGUUCGAAUUAUUCGAAAACAUACAAUAGAUCCGUCAAGUAUUGAAGAUGUAAACACCGAUACACUGCCAGUUCGAUUUAUUCGUAAACGUGCCUAUGCUUCUACUCGUCAUCCUGGUCGAUAUGAUCAAGUGAAAACAUUAACAUCAAUGAAUAUCACUUCUACUGAUAACACAAUUACUACAAGUAAUACUACAGAGAGUCAGCCAGUUUCUGUUACAUCUAAAAAUGUCCACACUUCACCAUGUCAACUUUUACCGGCUGUUAAUGUUUCACAUAAAAAUUCCAUCAGUAAUUACCAACAUAAUGCUGAACCUAAAAUAAUUCACUUACCUCGACGUCGGAGCUCUACCAAUAGUGUUAGUGUUGUACAAGGAUUACAUUCGAAAAACCAAAUGAAUGUAUCAUGUUUUACUCGUGAUGAUAAUAAUGAUGACGAGCAUGAUUAUUUGCUUGAUAAGCAACCAUUUCAAACUGGUACUAUUAAUAUUGGACCGUUAGGAAAAGGUGUUUCAAACGUUCAUGAAACAAAUAUCUCAUAUUCAUCACCUAAAGAAGAUUCACCUAUGCCUUAUCAUGAAACAUAUACCAAUAAGUCAAAUUAUACUUCUGUUGGUACAUCACAUCGAUCCAGUAAAACCAGUUUAUUAAGUUCACGUUUAUGGGCAUCAUUUGAUCAAGAUCAAAAUGAAUCUGUUUCAGAUUUGUGGACACGAGCCGGUGAAAUGUAUCAUAUGCUUGAACAAGAAAGUCAACGUUUAGCCAAUAAGAAAACAAUAAUGACAACUAAUACUACUUCUACGUCUACCACUACUACUAGUAGUUGUAAUAAUAGUAGCCGUAAAAGUAAAACUCAUCGACAUCUUGGCACAUGGAAUAAUUAUCAACAAAUGAAUUGUUUAUCUGAUGAUAAUGAUAAGAAUACAGUUAAAAAUCUGGAAUUUUCUUCACAUCAACCUUACUAUUCUAGUCCUAUACCUAAUUGUCAUAAAGAUAUGUCUACAAAAGCUGGUCAUUACAACUCGCAUUGUACGGAAUCGAAUCGUGAUCAUACUACUGUGAACUCGACUAAAAAACGCCUACAGUUUCGUGCUUUAUGCUCAGGUCUACGAUCACAUCGUUCAGAAUCGAAUAUACUAUGUGAUAUGUCUGGAUCAUUUUUGUCACGUCAAUGUUUUUGCAAAAUUCUUGCUAUCGGUGGAUCUGAUAAUAAAUCUUACUCAUGGAAACCGUAUUACAUGCGCGUAUCUGGUGCUGAAGUGAGAUUUAUCAAAGCAUCUUGGGCCUUUCAUGGAUCUGGACGAACAACCAAAACUUCUAAAAAUAAAAAUGAUAUUAUCUAUCCAAGAAAUAACAGUUUGGGUAAUCUUCGUGAUAAUUAUAGUUCUCGGGGAACACUGGAUACCUCUAAAUCUCAUGAUGAUUUAAAUGAUGAUUCUAUUACAUAUUAUUAUCCUACAUACAAUGCCGAUAUGGAUUGUUCAAACAAUACUAUUAAUGUUAAUAAAUCAUUUAGCUGUAAUGCAUCGUGUUUAAUUCUUCCAAUACCCGGUCUUAUUUGGUGUUCAGAACAAUUGCCUGCCAAUUUCCCUAAUUGGUUACCUCUUGGUUGUAAUUCAAAUCAUAAUAGUAACAGUACUCAAACAUUAACUUCACGAAUAACCAAUGGUAUUAAUAACAAUAAUACUAGUGGAAUAAAUCCUGAUUGGAUGGAUCCUCAUGUUUCUGGUCUAUCUCAACAAAUUUUAUCAGAUUUCAAUGAUUGUUAUAAGUCGAAUUCAAUAGAUUUCCAAAGUAAUACUACUACUACUAAUAAUAAUAAUAAUAAUAAUGUAAAUAUGAAUGAUGAAGUUAGUAGUCGGUCGAAGUUUCGUUGUUUUCGUUUCGCUCAUUUAACAGCUGGUGUCGAAUUAUUAUUUGUAUUUCCAGAUGAGAAUGCAGCAAUGACUUGUUUAAAAAUGUGUCAGCUUUCUGGUGGACGUGACUAUGAUUGUGUUGUUGAACAGUUAGAUUAUCGUAAUGCAUCUACAUUGACAGCAUAUCGUAAAAAAUCUUCAUCUAAUCCAUAUGAAUUAUUUCUCCUCAAAUUAUCAUCGUUAUUAUCUGAAAUCCCAAUGAAAUUAAAUCAAAGUUUUUCUCAUGAUUUUACAGUAAAAGGUAAUAAAUAUCGUGUACCUCCUCUAGCAAACAACGAUGAUGAUGAUGAUGAUGUAGAUAAUGACUACACCGAUAACAAUAAUACUGAUGAUUAUGAUAAUUCAAUACAUAGAGAUGUUUUUAUUCAACCAGGUAUUACAAAUUUUAUCAAUACUUGUAGUCCUUUCAUCACUACUUAUGGACCAUAUUGUUUAAUGAAAGAUAAACGACGUCUACAUCGCCGUUAUGUUAUUCAUCAAUCAUCGAUUGAUUCAGAUUAUUCAAAUGUUAUAAUUGAUGGGGAAGAUGUGAAUUCAAUGAAAAAUUCAAUAAAAUGUAAUAAAUCUGAUAUUACCAAUAAAUUUCGGACACGAACUCGAGAGAAAAUUGAUUUAGAUGGUAUUCGAUCGGACAACACUGAGACAAUCACAAACGAUAUCUCCAAUAAUAAUAACAGUAGUAGUCAGACAACGACUGAUAUAACUCCUAGUAAUAUUAACAACAGCAUUGACGAUAAAUCACAUUCAACGAGUUUAAUUCGUACAAAUAAAAUACUACGCGGAUUCAAACAAUGGCUUCAACGUCCUGUUGGUGUAAAUAAUAAUAAUAUUAAUAGCAAUAAUAAUGCCAGUAGUACCAGUAAUAGUAUUAGUACUAAUUGUCCCUCGGUUGGUUCAAUUAAUUUCUCAACUGCAAAUAAUCCAAGUAAUACAAUAAAUAACGUUAUCACCUCUACUACUGGUCAUUUUAGUGGUAGCUGUGGAAGUACCACCACCAGCGGUGUAAAUUAUCAUAAUGUAAAUAGUAAUAACAAUUGGGAUAUAUCUUCUACCGUGGAUGUUUCACAUUCGGAAUCUCCAAAUAAUGAUCAUAAAUUCAGCUCACAAAUGACAGUUGUUGAUCCUCCAAGCAUGACCGAUUUAGAUAGUCCUGGUCCUGUAUUCGGUGCUUCAUUAGAAUCUCAAUUAGAAAGUCCUGAUUAUCCAUGUGUUCCAGUCCUGUUACAAGCUAUUGUUAUAGCCUUAGAGACACAUGGACUUAAUUUACCUGGUCUGUAUAGAAAACCUGGUCGACAUCGUACAAUUGCACAAUUUGUCUCUUCAAUAAACCAGCAUCCUGAAGAUAUUGAUUUAAUGUUUAGUUUGGAUGCUUGGCGUGAACCUAAUGCAUUAUGCGGUUUAUUUAAACAUUUUCUUCGACGAUUACCUAUUGGAUUAUUUUCUUUAUCCUCUUGGGAGCCACUUUUCUGUCUUGUUCCAGAGAUUGGGAAUUCUUCUGAUAUGAAACAAUUAGCCUAUCUGUUACUUUCUAUUCGUGUUCAAUUGAAAAAAAUGGCAUUUGAUGCUUUUGGUAUUCCAACUAUGAACACAAUGCCUGUAGAUGUACAAAAUAAUUCUUCUUCUCCGACUAAUGGUAGCUCUAUUGAAUGUCAAUUUAGUGGAAUGAAUUCCAUUAGUGACCAUCUAUUCAAACCGUCUAUAUCUCCACCUAUAUCUCCUCAGACUACUGUUGUCCCAUCGAAUACAUCCCAGUUACAACUCAAAGAGGAUUCAAGUUUAAUGAAGAUGAGUAAUUUUAACGAAAAGGAGUUCAACAUCUCUAAACAAUCAUUUCGUGUUUGGCGUUGGGCUACAUUAUGCUUUAUCAUGAAUCAUAUAACAAGAGUUGUAGCACAUGAACAUCAUAAUGCAGUAACAUAUCAAUGUAUAGCUAUAUGUUUCGGUCCUGUUUUCUUUGGAAAUUCAUCAAAACUUCCAAAAUUAAAUGAGGUUCUUGAACAUUUAUUUCGACAUUGGAAAUGGCUUAUCGACAGUUUACCAAUGAUUACAAAGAAUCCUAUCACAAAUAUCGAUUUCAGUACAAUAAAUGAACCAACUUUAAUGGAUGCUAUUACUUAUUUAACUACUGCUACUGAUAAGUCUAAACAACAAAAGAAACCAAUUCUUCAAGAUCAUCAUAAUAAUAAUCAUAUUCAAAGAUUAGAUUUAACACAUGAACCAAUAAAUAAUGAUACAUUAUUGUCUUCAUCUUCUAUUUUUUCUUCUGCACGACGUAAAUCUACUGAUGUUACUCUUAGUCAACAAUCUUCUAUAUCAUCAUCUGAACAAGAACAACAACUGAUUGUUGAUUAUGACUUGACUGUUAAAAAAUUUGAUAAUGAAGAUGAAUUGAAUAAAGAAGUUAUUGAACAAGUUCGCUCCUUGUGGUUAAAAGCUUUGGAUAAGAUGAAUAAUGAAUCACAUAGAAAUUUACAAAUGAAAGAAAAAUCCCCUAAUCAUAAGAAAACAAUAAAUCAUUCUAAUAAUACCAAUGUUACACUCCAUCGUACAGCAUCAGCGAUUCCAAAAAAAUCAACUGAACGUAAUAGACAAAAAGGUGUUAGACGAUUAACUGUUGGUGUUGCCAAUUCUUUGCCUCAUUCAUCAUCAACUUUAGAUUAUUAUUGCAUUUCACCACCAUCAUCACAAAUUUUACAUACAAAAAAUAAAGAGGAAGAUAUAUUAUUAACACAAUUAAAUAAUGUUAAAAAUAUAUCUAACUUGUCAUCAUUAUCAUCAUCACCACCACCACCACCAUCAUCGUCAUUAUCAACUUCCCCUCCUCCUCCUCCUCCUCAUCCUCCUACUACUAGUCGGUGUGAUUUAAUGAUUGUUCGACGACCUGUCAUUCCUGUGACAACUUCACAUACAACUACAACUAUUUCAUAGAAAGAAAUUCGUAAAUAGUGUUAAUCUGACUGAUUGACUUCCUUGCAAUCGCUAUUUGUUGCUUUGCGUGUGUGUGUGUGUAUGCUUUGUCAUCCCGUUUUUUUUCGUUCUGUUUUUUUUCCUGAAUGUUUAUUUCAGAGUCACAUUCAGCUUGAUUUUGUAUUUUUUUUUGUAAUACGUUUAAGCCAAAUAUUAUUAUUGUUAUUAUCAUCAUCAGUUAAACCCCCCUCCAAUACAUCGUUCCACAUACAUUUCUCUUCUUUCCCCCCUCCACAUAAUUUGUAAGGUGUUCAAAAGAAAAGAACAAUACCCGGUUGCGUGUUUACGGUGUACAUCUUGGUACUUUUUUCUGUGUAUAAAGUUUUUAUUCUUUCAAAUUUUUAUCCAUUUGAUCAUCUUGUGUAUUCAAUAUUCAUUUUUAUGUUUACUAAUACACAAUUGUAUUAUCUGAACAAACUGUUAUUGUUGCUUUGAAUAAAAUCAAUUUUAUCUCUCUCCCUCUAUCAUUCUGGUCAUUGUUGUUGUUGUUGUUGUUGUUAAGGGGGAUAAGAUUAUCUUCACAAUGAUUUAUUAUUAUUAUUAUUCAACUAAUAAGUGUAUGGAGUUUUUUUUCGUCCGGUUUCAUCCAUAAAUUAACACUUUGAAUCAUUCAAGUCAUUUUAGAAAAAGAAGAAGAAGAAGAGGAAAAAGAGAAAACUACACUGAUUAAUCAAAAUUGUUUUUGUUUGAUAAUUUCUUUUUCUUUUUUUUUUUCGUUUUCAUUAAAUACGCACAAAUAUGUAAUUCAGUCAAGAAAUUUCUCCUUUGAACUUAAAUUCCAAUUGACUUGUUCCCUGUCUCAAUUAGCGAUUGUUACUGUUGUUGUUGUUGUUGUUGUUGUUGUUCUCGUUCUUGUUACUGUUCUUUUUCUUGUUGUCUACCUCGAAUUAUUUUCAAUUCUCCUAUUAUUAUUAUUAUUAUUAUUAU